UAAAAAUCAUGAGAUCUGAUCUAUUGAGUUAGCUUCAAAGAGUGACUAAUCAUUGAUUCACUGUUAAACAGCAAUAUCCUGGGCAGUGGCUGAGCUUCUGAGAUAACUUCUGCAUUAUUGAUAUUUUGCGGGCUCCACGGAGUAGUUAUAACUAUACUAGCGUACAGUAAUCCUUCUCCUCCCUCAAACGAGGGAAAAACCACCCCCUCAGUUUAACACCCGCACUUUUUCCGCAUAUCUUCCUCCUCCAGCAACAUGGAUCUUGUCAAUCAUCUAGAAGGCCGGUUACGAUUCGCGAUCCCCAAAAAGGGUCGUCUCCAGCAAGCCGCCAUUGACCUCCUUGUGGGCUCUGACAUCCAAUUCCGCCGCGAAACCCGCCUUGACAUCGCCCUAGUGAAAAACCUCCCAAUUGCCCUCAUUUUCCUCCCCGCAGCUGAUAUUCCCACCUUCGUCGGCGAGGGCGGUGUCGAUCUGGGCAUCACCGGUCGUGACCAAGUAGCUGAACAUGACGCCAAUCUCCUGCCAGGUAAGGUAUCCGGUUUAGAAGAGAUGCUCGAUCUGGGAUUCGGCGGGUGCAAAUUGCAAGUCCAGGUCCCCGAGAAGGGAUCCAUAACGGAUCCAAAGGAAUUGGUUGGGAAGAAUGUCGUCACGAGCUUUACGGGCCUGACGCAGGCGUAUUUUACAAAGUUGGAGGGCAAGGAGACGCCGACUACGAAGGUUAAAUACGUUGGUGGGAGUGUAGAAGCUGCAUGUGCCCUGGGUGUUGCGGAUGGGAUUGUGGAUUUAGUUGAAUCGGGUGAAACCAUGAAAGCCGCAGGGCUAAGGCCCAUUGGCACAGUCGUCGACAGCACCGCCGUCCUCGUCAAAUCCCGAAACACAAAUCACGAACUUGUUAGUCUCAUCGAAUCCAGAAUACGUGGUGUCAUCACCGCCAAAAAAUACGUCCUUUGCCAGUACAACGUCCCGCGCCCCCUCUUACAGGCGGCAUGCGAGAUCACCCCUGGCAACCGCGCACCAACAAUAACCCCCAUCGAAGGCGCUGGGUGGGUUGCGGUAAGCUCCAUGGUAGAGAAGAAGUCCAUCGCCACGGUCAUGGAUAAGUUGACCGCUGUUGGCGCAACGGAUAUAUUGGUCUUGAGUAUUUCUAAUUCGAGGACGAGAUGAGAUGUGGAGAUGAAAUUUGGGAAAUUUAUUUCUUCUUUUAAGAACGAACACAUAGACGGUUUAUUAAUCUGAAAUUUCUAUUUAGUUCCUUAGCAGUACGUACGCACUAUAUCAGGCCAAAAGUCUCCAUAUCCUGCUCAUUGGGUUUUCUUGGAAAGCUGGGUCAUUCAUGAGCUUGGAAAAACUGACUUGGAUUUACCUAGGCAACACAUCGUGGGUGGGAACCUAUCUAUCUGGGACAUAUAAAAAUAGAGGGAGUCAUAGACUAAAAUCUAAUUGUCCUUGAUUGAAUUAUUUGGAGUAUGCUUGCUGCUAAGAUGUUAAACCACAUUCUACUGUCCGCACAACACCGGGUGCUCUCUUUAAUGAUCUGGAACAUUACAAAGCUGUGGAGCAGAGCAGAGCAAAAUAAACGAUCAUGCACUCACAUCCGUCGUAGAGAGAGAAGAGAAAAGAGAAGAAAGCGAAGGAAAAAUGUGGAGAUUAUAAAAAAUGAUAGAAACAACAUGUCUGGCGCGAGUACUUCACUCAUAUCCGCACUGCACUGCCCAAACUCGCCUGGAGUCCAUUUGGUAUGGAGCAGGUACUCCAUUCAACUCUCUUUUCGUGCUCGUAUUGAGGAUCGCAGUCGUGCAAUAUGACCGAGCAUCGCCCUUUAAUUUGCCGCUGUUCCAAUCAUACACCCGAUGCGAGAGGUAAUAUACUGGGGGAGAUGACGUAGGGGCGAAUAUUCCGCGGAUAUUGAAAUGUCCGUAGUAUGUGCGCGUUUCUAUAGAUGCAGAAGCUAGAAGAAAAGCACGGUAAUUACAUUGAUAUAGUUUGCUCCCACGAAAGUCUGUUUCUCUACUUUCUCCAUGAGAAGAGAGAAAACUAAUCAUGUUAGUCGCCGAAUGUUGUCAACACUUUGAAAAGCAGGCAUUGGAACAGAAUAUUCCGAGCAUCAUUCGCAGGCGUGCCUCUCAAGGAGCGUACCACGAUCUCCUCGAAAUCAGCGGAUUUCUCGACAGAUAUGGCUUUUGCAGCUUCUCAGGACAAAUUUUAGAACGGAUACCUCUUCUCACGGAGGAAAUAUAACCCAAACCCAAAUCCUGAGCGAGAUACGGGACUUGACAGCUCCCGAACACGGAACGCGGACCACGAACAGCUGAAUCGUGUUGAUAUCACAGCCAUUUUUGGUUCUGAGGAGCACCGAAGGAACUAGUGCCGGGGAGCAGCUACACAGUAUGUUCCUUCUAGCAGGUCGAGAGACACAAUGUAAUCCUCCGACACGGACACAUUUCUCUGCCUUGUUUGAUGGGGUAAUAGCGCGGCUGAACUUGUGGAGGAUGGAUGGGAAGAGGGUACCCUACCUUCUGCAAGGAUUCUCAGGCAUUCCGUUAGGAUUUUAUAGGCUAAUGAUCAAGUUCCAACCUGUUAUAACCAUUUCAUAGACUACUAAGAAACUGGGCAGGCUGGAGAAGUAUUCGAACAGGAAUAACAGCAGUACAGUGACGAUAAGAAACAUAGUACGAAUAAACAGCAAGAGAUCCAUCCGCGAGGACCGUUGCGACAUGGGCGGUGUCCGUGAGGUGGUGUUCAUGAUGUUGCAACCACGGACCCCUUGACCAGCGCGCCAGGAGCUUCGCGUCAUACUAGGGAUGACCAACGAAGCUAUGAAAGCAGGUCCAACAAGGGUUCGAAGGGCAGUCAGUUCAUGCACGAGCCUGAGAGUGAGGCAGUUAGCAUCCGGGACGGAGCUGACGAUAUUCUUCAGCAGGCAGCCACUGACUCCAUGCUUCGUGAUUUUUGGGUCUUGAAGACUCGAACAUUCGUCUGGCAGGCUUUGGAAUGGAAUAUCCCAUCCAAACCAUCGCAUUCACUAUCUGAUGGUAGCCAGUCACAGCUGUCUACGGAGUAGACGAGAUGGCGAGGGCUAUCCUUGGCAAUCCGAGGGAAGACAACACCAUGGUUCAUACUGCGUACAUAGGAUCAAAGACGGAGUGAUUUCGAAGCCUACUGCGUAUGAACCUGACAGGGGCCACCCAGUUGCGACAGGACAGGGUAUUCUUUGCUGGAUAUUAACUUGGGAUAAGACAAGGUUGGAUGGAGCUAAUAAAACCCUGUAUUUUGAGACCCGCCAUGUAAUUUCGGCAAGCGUUCCUGGUUCUGUCCAUCAACAGGCCGCUGAACAAUGACCCCAGCCCGAUGCUGAAGGAUACUCGGUCUUUUGAAGCUGUUGAACUUGGUCGGAUAUCGCCUUUGAGGACGGUGUGCUGUCAAUUGACAACGAUAAGUUACCCGUCAGGGGAAUAAGUUAUCUGCCAGCCAGCUCCAAUAAUGUCGUAUCCCGCUGCGUUGU